AGAAUAAAACACCAGAUGCUAGUCAAUUUAUUGGAUAUUUAAUACCACCAACAGCACAGCUGUGCUGAACAGCACGAAAACAGCUGAUCGCAACUCGAUGCGCACUAAAAUUACAUCGCUGAAUGGUGGGUAAACAACACUACAGAGAACAUAAAUAAACAUGCACAGUUGCUGAUAAGAGCAAAUAGCGCACGCGAACAGCGACCGCGUCUCAAUUCUAGCAACGUCAGCUAUAGUUGUCGUACACAGAAUGAGCCUGACAAAGAAGCGGAUUAAAAUUGUUUCGGGCAGCUCAAUUAUUGGCCUGGCCCUCAUCUAUUUGUACAAAUUUGCGAUCGCUCCCGCCACUAGCGUGCCAAGAGCUAGUUCCGUUGCUCACGGGGUCGAGGAGCAACGUCAGUGGCCCCCCACCGAGGAUGCUGUUCAGCGCAAUCUACAAAUCGCCUACGAGGCUCAAAAUGCGCUUCUGCAUCAGCAGCGACAGGAGCUGCUGCACACUAAAGAACAGCUGGCCCAGCUGGAGGAACAGGUGCGCUCCCUGCAGGCCAGCACGCCACGCAAAUAUCCGAAGGUCAAGUAUCUCAACUAUAAGAAUCGGAAGCGCAUUUUGAUCACCGGCGGCGCCGGCUUUGUGGGGUCCCAUCUAGUGGACGACCUGAUGAUCCAGGGUCAUGAGGUAAUUGUGGUGGACAACUUCUUUACGGGGCGUAAGCGCAACGUGGAGCAUUGGUUGGGUCAUGAGAACUUUGAGCUCAUCCACCAUGACAUUGUGAAUCCGCUGUUCAUCGAGAUCGACGAGAUCUAUCAUCUGGCGUCGCCCGCAUCGCCGCCCCACUAUAUGUACAAUCCGGUGAAGACAAUAAAGACAAAUACCAUGGGCACCAUCAAUGUGCUGGGACUGGCCAAGCGGGUCAUGGCUAAGGUGCUGAUUGCCAGCACCUCGGAGGUCUACGGAGAUCCCACAGUGCAUCCGCAGCCGGAGACCUAUUGGGGUCAUGUGAAUCCCAUAGGUCCACGCGCCUGCUACGACGAGGGCAAGCGCGUCUCCGAGACGCUCAGCUAUGCCUAUGCCAAGCAGGAGAAGGUGCAAGUGCGCGUGGCACGCAUCUUCAACACAUACGGGCCGCGGAUGCACAUGAACGACGGCCGCGUCGUGUCCAACUUCAUACUGCAGGCGCUGCGCAAUGAGACGAUCACGGUUUAUGGCAACGGGAAGCAGACGCGCUCGUUUCAAUACGUAUCGGAUCUGGUGGAUGGCCUGAUUGCACUGAUGGCUUCCAAUUACACGCAGCCCGUGAAUCUGGGCAAUCCCGUGGAGCAGACGAUUGGCGAAUUCGCCAAUAUCAUCAAGCAUCUGGUGGGCGGGCAGAGCGAGGUGAAGCAGAUCAAGGCCAUGGAGGAUGAUCCGCAGCGCCGCAAGCCGGACAUCACGCGCGCCAAGAAGCGCCUCAACUGGGAGCCCAAAGUGCCGCUGGAGUCGGGCCUGCUGCAAACCAUAUCAUACUUCCGCAACGAGCUCGCGCGCAGCGACCGCUUCCAGGAGAGCUCCCGCAAGUACUUUGAGUCUCCCGAUCUGCAGCGCAUUCGGCCCUAGAUGAAACUCCUCGGCCAACAUCAAUAAUAUGUGCCUCUCAAUUAUUGUAAUUGGAACACACACACGUCUCUAGUCUGCAACAAAUGUAAAGGUGACCAACGAUAGCGCUAAUCUUAUGGCUUCCCCAUCCCGCUGCUCUCAUUCACCAUGGCCCCCGCCCAUUCAGUUAAGGCCCCAACUAUAUUUAAGUCACAACACAGGGUGUUCUCGGCCUGCCGCCAACUAAGGUUCCAGCUAUCAACGUGUUGAUAGUUCUCUCCUUCUCCCUCUAGUUUCCAUGUUACAGUUAGUUCAAGUGCUUCGUGGUGGCAGUCUCCGAGUGUGCAAUAUCCUGCACUCCAAGGACAAUGUCGUACAGCUUCUAUAUUGUCUUUGCCUAAGCUAAUUGAAAUCUAUUCUAUGUGUUAAGUCUGCCUUCUCCCUGCCCUUGCAGUUGGCCCAGUUUAGACACACACUUGUGCAAACUGUAUUUGCUAAGUAUACGUAUGUUAGUCCGACUAAGUCAGCUGGGCUCAUUCCGCUGCUCUUCCCUCUUGAAUACUUCAGACUCACAUGAGCUGCUCAGUUAACUAUAUAGCCCAUAGACGCGUAGCAGUCUCAGUGAAUAGAUUGGUCCUCAUCAAAUCUUGAUCAUACAUAUCCUGACUCUACACAAACUGUAUCCACCUGCAAGGGUAUUUCGACUUCGGCCUGGGCCGCAGCCACCACUUAUCUGUUGUACAAUAUAUUAGUAGAGUAGUUGGUAGUUGAUUAAAUGUGGUUCUUUAAGUUUUCGAAUACGAAUGACUCUUUACUCU